AUGACCGAGCCAGAGGAUGUUGAAGAAGACCUGUUUGCAGAUCUGUACGAUGCGGAUGAGACUGCGACCCAACCAACUUCAACCGUUGAAGCUUCGAUUACUUCGGAGCCUACAGCUUCGGUCCUCCCGACUCAGUCGGCUGGCCUUCCUGCGACUCAUGUCUCCGAAGCCUCCCAUAUCGAAACGGAAGACAUCCGCGGUGUACACCAACAGCUUCUACAGGAUGGAGCUCACCAACAUGGCACAGGCAAUUUAGAUUCUGGAUUCGCCAAUACUAUCACUCCUAUGUCGGGGGAAACGGAGCAUCAUGGAACCGGGAUCAAAGAAGAUGGGUAA